CUUCUGCAAGGUUUCAACCACCGUCACCAUCAGUGGAAAAGUCUGCCACCAUUCAUUUGGAGUUCUCAUCCAUUCAACCUCUCUCUGUUUUACAAUCUCCCACCAUUGUCGGUCUUCUCAAUCUAUCCUCUGUUUUUUCCCUCCUUUUGUCUUCCUUCCAAAAUGGCGCCUUCCAGGCUACUUACUCUUUUCCUCUCUGUCGCUCUGUUGGCUCUCCUCCGCCGCCCCGCGGCCGCGCAAACGACGACCGUUGUCAGAGGCGGUUACUGGUUCCCGGGAAGUGGGUUCGCCGCCUCUGCCAUCAACUCCACGCUCUUCACUCACCUCUUCUUUGCAUUCGCCGGAGUUGAUUCGGGGACCUUCCGGGUUAAUGUCUCUGCCGCGAAUCAGCCGGAAUUUUCCACCUUUACCCAGACGGUACAGCGUGCAAACCCGUCGGUGAAAACCCUUUUGUCGAUCGGCGGCGGCGACGCCAAUAUUACGACUCUGGCUGCCAUGGCCAAUCAACCCGGCAGAAGGAAGGCGUUCAUCGAUUCAUCCAUAAGCCUUGCAAGAUCAUACAACUUCCAUGGCUUGGAUCUCGACUGGCAGUACCCUUCGGACACAACCCAGAUGGCCAAUUUCGGAGACCUCCUCACGGGGUGGAAAUCCGCCGUGGCGGCGGAGGCAGAGAGCUCCGGCAAGCCACCUCUGCUUUUAUCCGCCGCCGUCCUCUACUUAUCCUACUACUAUUCUCUAUCUGUCCCAUACCCCGUAUUGACAAUGUCCAACACCCUCGAUUGGAUCAACCUAAUGGCCUAUGACUUCUACGGCCCCGAGUGGUCACCGACGACCGCCGGCCCGCCGGCGGCUCUUUACAAUCCCGGCCGCCGGGAGAGCGGCGACAGCGGGGUUAAUUCGUGGAUCCAGUCCCAAUUCCCCGCAAACAAAAUCGUCCUAGGAAUCCCAUUCUACGGCUGGUCGUGGAGGCUCAGCGACUCCCGGAACCGGGGUAUUUUCUCGCCGGCGAACGGAGCGGGAUUGGCCGGAGAUGGGUCGGCGGGGUAUGAUGAGAUCAAUGAGUUUAUUGCUCAGAACAGAGCGACCAAAGUGUUUGAUCCGGCGGUGAUUUCGGACUAUUGUUACAGCGGGACGACUUGGAUCGGAUACGACGACGUUCGGAGCGUUUCGGCCAAGGUUGCUUAUGCUAAGAACAGAGGGUUGCUUGGCUACUACGUGUGGCAUGUUGGUGCUGAUGAUAAUUGGACUCUUUCUACCGCAGCUUUAACUACUCAACUGUCAACUACUCAAACGACAACAACUCAAGGCAACACGACGAAUGUGAAAUCGAAGAAGCGAGGCCGUCUACUGUUAUUAUAUGUUCUCUUGCCCGUUAUCCUAGGGUUAGUAUUUGGCUGUGGGAUGGCAUUGCUUUACCGGAGAAAACGACGUCGUUCUAAAAGAUCAUCAGAAUUCCCAUCAACAGGAAAGGGAGGAAGUGAUGCUGUAUCACUUUUUGCAGGAGAAACAGAGGACAAGAACCCUAGAAUGGUUGCGGUUCCAUAUAGCUCUGCACAACUUGAGAAAGCAACCAACGAUUUCUCCAUUGAAAACAAGGUUGGACAAGGUGGAUACGGUCCUGUUUACAAGGGUGUGUUGGCCGAUGGAGGGGAGAUAGCAGUGAAGAAGUUGUCAAUAAACUCGAGCCAAGGAGACGAGGAGUUCAAAAAUGAGGUGAUGCUCACUGCGCAACUGCAGCACGUUAACCUAGUCAGGGUUUUGGGAUAUUGUAUCGAAGGAGGAGAGAGGAUGUUGGUAUAUGAGUAUUUGCAUCACAAAAGUUUGGAUCAUUACCUUUUCGAUCCGAUGAGGAGCUUGAUGAUGGAUUGGGCAAGAAGAGUGGAAAUCAUCGAAGGAGUUACUCAAGGCCUUUUAUACCUCCAAGAGUAUUCUGGGCAGUCGAUUAUUCAUCGAGAUCUGAAACCAGGCAACAUUUUAUUGGAUUCCAACAUGAAGCCCAAGAUAUCUGAUUUUGGAUUGGCCAGAAUUUUGAAGACGGAUUCAUCAGAAGCUAACACUGAACGAAUUGCUGGCACAAGAGCCUACUGCCCACGAGAGUAUCUGCAGGAUGGCGUGUACUCCAAGAAAUCCGACGUUUACAGCUUUGGGAUCCUCCUUCUGCAGAUCAUAAGCGGCAAGAGAUGUGGUUCCCGGUACGGUCCCGAUGGAGAUAUGGAGUUUCAUGUCUAUGCGUAUGAGCUGUGGAAAGAAGGUAGAGGGAUGGAGAUCAUGGACCCUUCAUUGGACGACUCGAAUUCGACUUGUAAGCUGGCAGACUGCUUGAGAAUAGCUUUGUUCUGCAUACAGAGGAAACCAACGGACAGGCCGAGUAUGCAGAAGGUUUCGUCAAUGCUCAGAGACCUCUACCGGAGUGACAGCAGCAAUAAUGCAGCUGAUAAGAACAUUGGGAUCACAGACGUAAGAUUCUUCAGUGAUGUUGUAAUUAACAUGCAAUUACCUGUGUCCCCUGCUAAUUCCUCGACAAAUCAACUCACUGUAUCAGAGCUAGAUGCUAGAUCAUGAUCAUGAAAAUUGUACCCUAGAGAGUGGUUUGUUCUUAAUCCCACCACCAAUUCUCUGUCUAUAAAAACAUUUUGUGGCG